GAAAAUGAAACUAAGUAACGUGCUUAGCAGUACAUGUAAUCAUAAGUUAUAUAUUUAUGUAACAGCAAGGUGAACAGUGAUAUACAGAGCAACUUAUUACAAUGUUUAUGAAUGUCGUCUUCCUGACCUGUUUAUACUUCAUCCAAGGACUGCCAUAUGGUUUACAGUCCAGGUUUCUCCCUGUAUAUUUUCGCUCUCAUGGAAUGUCCCUCACCGAAAUCAGCCUCUUCAAACUGCUUCUUACUCCGUGGAUGCUCAAAGCGUUUUGGGCGCCUUUCGUGGAUAAAUAUGGAACCAAAAAGUCGUGGCUUGGAUGGAGUAUGGUCGGACUUAUCUUUACAUGUUUAACAGGGGCCUGUACUCCUCCUCAGAACAUUGUUCCCUUGGCCGGAGUGCUAUUCCUAUUCAAUCUUUUGACUUCCACUCAGGACAUAGCUGUUGAUGGCAUUGCUAUACAUGUUCUCUCAGAAUCGGAACUGGGGUAUGGAAACAUCGCCCAAGUGGUGGGUUAUAAACUGGGCUCUAUAUUUGGUGGCGGUGUACUGACAUGGCUGAGCGACUACAUGGAGUGGUCCUCUCUGCUCUUCAGUCUCGCCGUAGCGUAUGUGAUAUCUCUGAUGAAUGUGGCUGUCCUUGUUCCUCAGACAGACGAUGGUAAGAAAGAGUCAGAGGAGAAAGACUCUUCAGAAGAAAAAAAUGCAGAGAAGGUGACGAAGAAAGCGUGGAUUUUACAGUAUUAUACAGAAAUCUUCCAGUCACCAGGAACAUUGUGGAUGAUAGGCUUUGUUCUUCUUUAUAAACUUGGAGAGCAAGGAGCCUUGAACAUGCUUCCAUUGUUUCUGAUUGACAAAGGUAUCCCCGCCUCCACUGUAGGUUUCUGGACGGGAGUGGUUGGACAGGUGCUCUCCAUAUUUGGUUCUAUUGUGGGUGGGGCAGCAGUGUCUGGUACUUCGGUUACCAUUUCCUUUCUACAAAAUGUGUGUGCCUUCAGACUUGUACCCAUGUUAUUUACAACCCUUGUUAUCUUCUCCUGGGUGGACUCCAGCCAAAUCUGCUUCGUACUUGCCAUUGUUUCCAUGUGCCUGAUGUUGUUGGUGAGUGGAAUUGUCACCACGGCAACAUUUACUCUGAUGAUGCAGUGUUCCAAGAGAGCCCCCAGCCAUGUACAAGCCAGUCAUUACACUACAUUGGCUACCCUAGAGGUCGUGGGCAAACUUUUGUUCUCCGUGUCACUGGGAUCCGUUACUGAUGCCAUAGGAUAUGAAAACGUGUUUAUACUGUUUCUUGUAUUAACUACAUUAGUGAUCUCAUUCCUACAAAGCUGUCCAGAGGAAUUGAUUCAUCAUCAGGAAGAAGUGUCAGUAAAGGACAAAAGUGAAUAAUUCUUUUAUCUGACAGACUAGUAAUAGAUUCAAAAAGUUUAAUGAUUGCAUUUAGUUUUGUCUUCCAUAUUGAAAUGAAGUCAUAUUUGAAUCCCGAUAAUCAGCACCAGUACCAGUAAUUGAGUAUAAGAAGUUGUUAGAUAUUCAUAUGUACAUCCCCAAAAAAAAAGUUUUUUCUCUUGAUACCGGUAUUAUAAAAUAAUCACAGUAAAUCAGUCUACCUUAUCUUAUAACUUUGAUUGUGAAAUAACACCUUGUAAUACUUGAAUGUACAUGUUGGGAAUUGAACACAAACUGACAAUCAAGAUGGGUAAUCAAAAUUGUUCGAAAAUCAAUGAUCUCAAUGUCACCUCGGUGUGUCUAUGUAUGUGGAUGUAUGGGAGGGUAUGUACACCUGCUCGUCUGGGUUUUGGGUUUGUAAGGGUUUUUAAACUGUGAUGUGAAUAUGUUUGAUAGCAUCGAUCUCUAUGCUUGACACAAAGCCUGAAUUGUUGGGGUUAACUAUUAAAACAAACUUCAACAAUUGAGUUUCUUCAAUGAUUAUUACUUGAAUUUCGAUUUCACAACAUCAUAUGAGCAACCAAAUUUAUUACUUGAAUUUUUCAUUUUACAUGUAUAAAUAUACAUGUAUGUACUAUGUAAUUUUUCAACAAAGAAUAGAAUUAUUUACAUAGAAAAUAAUUUAUAGUUUUCUUCUUUGAAUUUCAAUAAGGUGCUUAUGUAUACAUUUGGAUCUCAAAGACUUUUACCUGUAUAAAACACUAAAUAUUAUUGCCUAUAUUUUUACAUGAAUCAAAAGCUGAUAUUCUUGCCAAUAAUGUUACAUGUAUCAAAAGUGAAAUAAAGAAGUUUGAGACCUAU